CGAACCGCUUUCGGCCGUUACCGUCGAGAGGGAAAAAAAAUGCCACGGGCGGGGAGAAAGGGAGACGAAGGGAGACAAAUCUAUCCCCUACCACGCUAGAUCGUCCGCCAAUCGUGAUACAUCCGAAUUUAUCUCGUCGCGGCCACGGCCGGCUCGCGCGGGGAUUCAGACUCGUCCUCACGCUCGGCAAGGUCGGUCCUUCGCGUCGCGGCAGUAAAUCGAUCCGCGAUCGUUAAUUCGUUACUCGCUCCCGCAUCAUCUACGGAACAAUAUGCAUAUACACGUUUACACAUAAGCGUAUCCCGCACGUAUGCGUACACAUCUAUAUGCGUAUCUCGUGUGCGACUAUCCGAGAUCGUUCUGUAUCAGCUGACAUCGAUUUAUUAUCGAUCGCGACAUCGUGUUAUCGCGCACAUCGCGUUAUCGCGCCAUUCGCGCUCAGGAUGGAAGGCCACGCCAAAUCGAGGGAGAGCCGCAAGGGCAACCGCAGGAGAGGCGGCAGGAAGGAAGAGAAGCGCGAGCUUCGGAGGAUGAGGAACUCGAAGAUCGAAGAGCUCGCGUCCUGGCCCGCGCAGUUCACCGCGGCCGACAUCGAGGACCACGACGUGGGCGUCGCGGAACAGGAGACUGCCCUGGACCUGGAUAAUCUUGACAUCGGAAGCGAGAAGAUAAACGUAAAGCCGUCGCUCAUGUGUCCCGCCUUGCGCCGACAAUUGGAGACGCACAGGAACGUCCUUCGGCUCCUGCACGAGCACAAGUUGGCCUCGACGCAGAUCAACGGGCAAAGGAUCCUCAGCAUCCAGCCGAUCCGCUGGACCGGGCCGACCCCCGGCAUCGAGUGCGAGAUCUUCGUCGGCCGGAUCCCGAAGACGAUCUACGAGGACACCCUGUACCCGUUGUUCAAGACGGUCGGCGAGGUCUUCCAGAUCCGGCUGAUGGUCGACAUGGCCGAGCUGACGAGGGGAUACUGCUUCAUCAUGUACACCAGCCCGGUGGACGCGGCGCGCGCGAUCGAACAACUAGACGAGUUCGAGAUCUCACCGGGCAGGAAAAUUCGCGUCCUGGCGAGCGUCAACAAGUGCAAGCUCUACGUGGGUCCCCUGCCGUGGCAAAUCGCGUCGGAAGAGGUCGUCAGGGUGAUUUAUGCAUCAGCCUGGGAUAUCGAGUACGUAUCUAUUUAUCGAUUUCCGAAUCACGACGCGGCUUACGCUAUAGUUUCCUUCAAAUCGCAUCGCAACGCAGCCUUGGCGAGACGAAAAUUGAGACCCGAGAGGCUCUUCAAAUGCAACGAAGUGCACGUGGAGUGGGCACGCGUCGAUUGGAAUCCUUCUAACGUGUACGAGGAUCGCGGCAUGGUCGACGCGAAGGGCGACGUGCAGAUCACUCGGAGGUAUCUGCAGGCCAAGAAGACGUCCACGUCGGUCCCGCCGACGCAGAACGACUCUAAUCGCGAUCGAAAGCAAAUCCCGCCGAUCUGUCCGCCGAACGGCGGCAACGGCCAGGUCAACGGUGGACCGCCGGCCACUAGAUCCACCAGCCGCAACUUCACCCGCUACUCGACUAUGAUGGCCAUGUCGGCCAUAGACGAUUUCCCGCCGAGCGGUGACAAGAAGCCGCAGAUGGUGCUCAUGGAUCUCAAUGACAACGUGCAGCCGCUGGACGGGUAUUGCCUGUUCCAGGACAAGACGCAACGGAAGAAGGACGCCGACAGCUUCCCCAACUUCGAUAUGUGGAACUCGAAUCUUGUUCCUUUGCCCAACUCGCCCACGAGCUCCGACAGCCCGAAGGCCUACGACAAAAAGGAUUUACUGCUGGACCAAGUGGCGAGCAGGUUGUCGCGCGGUUGGGAGAGCGAUACAGUGUCCCCGUAUUCGGCGUCGCAGCCUCCCUUGUUCAAGGGACACCAAUACUCGGGCGAUCCCAAGGUCUCGAAUUGCCCUUCCUAUUACAAUUGCUUCGCAAACAAAGUGAUCGAUCAAACCCAGCCGAUCACCGCUGUUCACUACCAGAAUUAUCCGGCGUGUUACGUGCUGCUACAGCAGCCGACUUAUCUCUACUCCAAGGACCUUAAGGCUUAUCCGCAGUCCUCGGUCAUCCUUCAUAACGCACGCGAUGGCUACGAUUACCCGUCGCACGGGUGCAACGAUCUGAUCGGAGUCCGCGGGCCAAUCGCGACCGACCCGAGUCCCAUCCAGAUCGGCAAGAAGCUCAGCGACUACAAGUUCUGGUGCGGCGGAGCCCUCGCGAAGGCGGGAAACUGCGACGCGACCAAACCCGUCGCGUCGUCCUGCGUUGGGAAUUACUCGAAUCUCGUCCCGAAUCUCGCGCCGAUCCGCACGCCCGUGGAAAACACGACGUCCUGCCUGGUCCCGCUCGACGUGGCGAACGGGUACGACGAGAGGCGUCUCCGGCCGAUCGUGAAGCAAGAAAUCGCUCGCACUCAGCUGUGACUAUCCUUCCUUCCUCCCCCUCUUUGGGUUUCUUCCUUUUGACUGUGGAGAUUUUAGAGAACAACGGCGUUUUUACGUUUAUUUCGUGCAUUCUAAUGGGGACGAUCAUUAGGACACAUUUUUUGUUUUUAAUUAUUGACAUUGCUGCCAAAGAGUUUGCAUGUAAGUGACAAAGAUUUUUUUUUUUUUAGUGUAAGUGUUGUUAAACUCGUCAUGGUUCCUUCAACCCGCAGCUUAAUUGUAACUCGCGCAUUUUAUUUUAUAGCAUUUUAUUGGUAAAUGCCAUGUUACCAUCUUUUUGAAAUCGUUCAUAAUCGUAUCUUUGGCACGUAUCUUUUUUUUUUAACUAUGUACGUAACAGCUUGCAAGGUAUACCUGGGAGACUGCAAAUUUAUAUUGGAUUAAGUUUUUUGCGCUUACAAAUGUUUACUAUAUUUGUUUUGAUAGCAAGAUGGACCACCCGUGUAUUUUCUAAUCGCACCAUUUUUAGCGGGUUUUAGA